UUCCGGGACAAUGUCGCUCAAACAAGAAAUCGAAACAUGGGUGCAGGCCCUUGAUGCCUAUGACAAUCAAGACUUCGAGGAGUCCCUACGAUGCUUUGAUCAGAUUGCCGACACAUCAAAGAUCUUGUUCAACUGUGGAGUGAUCUAUGCAACCUUAGGCGAGCACCAUAAAGCAGUAGAAUGCUAUCAACGUGCUGUCGGUCUAGACCGGUAUCUGGCAAUCGCGUACUUUCAGCAAGGUGUAUCUAAUUUCUUGAUCGGCGACUUCGAAGAAGCAUUGGCCAACUUUAAUGACACUUUGUUGUAUCUGCGAGGGAAUACUUCGAUCGACUAUGAACAGUUGGGUCUCCUAUUCCGCCUCUUUUCAUGCGAAGUCCUGUUCAAUCGUGGUCUCUGCUAUAUCUAUCUCCGGCAAAUGAACCCGGGCAUCCAGGACCUCGAGUAUGCUGCCAAAGAAAAGGUUACCCCGGACCACGAUGUGAUCGACGAUGCCAUCCGGGAGAAUGCAGAUGGCUAUACCGUCUUCUCAAUCCCAGUGGGGGUCCUCUAUCGUCCCAACGCAGCCAAAGUCAAAAAUCUCAAAACAAAAGAUUAUCUAGGCAAGGCUCGCCUAGUUGCUGCAUCGGACCGCAAUCAAACAUCAGACCACCAAUGGAAUCCAAUGGUAAUUGACAAAGAAGCCCUCCAAGGCCGCGAAGGAGUCUCCUUCGCGGCAUCCAACCUGGUCCGCCAAAACCUCAGCAGCCGCACUCGUCAACAAUCCGAACCACCCCUAAACCGCAACGUAUUCCCUCCAACACCACCACCAGACGACCGAUCCGUCAGCACAGCCUCUGGAUCAGGAUCAGCAUCUGGACACCACCGAACAUCAUCUCUCCGAAACGUCCGCCCACCCCGUCUAGACCUAGACCGCACAGGUGCCAGCCUAGACCGCCGACCCUAUGCACAAGAGCCAACAUCCACCGAGAAACCACGAAUAGGAACGACACGCACAGCCUCAGAGCCGCGCGGACCAUCCUCACGACAAAACAACAUGCGCGGAUACCAGGAAAGCAGUCGAAGCAGCUUACCCCGCGAGCAAGUCAGCCACCGCAGAAACCUCAGCGACACGAACACAGCCUACGCGCCGGAACCAGAGUACAGUCAUACAGACCAGUACGAUCCGUACUCCAGUCAGCGCAAUCUAGCAAACACAGGCUGGGGUCGUGGAUCCCGCCACCAACCACCCCAAUACAUCGACGAGGAGGAAGAAUAUGGCAGUGACACAUGCGAUGCAACGACCCUCAACGACGGCGCUUUCGAGCUCGUCGCCGCUCCUCAGGCUGGUCCCAGUCAGUCGCCCCAACAACGGCGUACUCGUUCUCCGGCGCGAUACUCCCGUCAUGCGAAUCCGAGGAGACCGGAGAUUCAGAAAUUUAGAGUAAAAGUACACGCUCCUGAUGAUACUAGGUAUAUCAUGAUUGGGCCGAAGAUUGAGUUUGGGGAAUUUGAAACUCGCAUCCGUGAGAAGUUCGGGUUCAGGUGUCCUCUGAAGAUGAAGGUGCAGGAUGAUGGGGAUAUGAUUACCAUGGUAGACCAAGAAGAUUUGGAUUUGCUGGUUAGUUCGGCCAAGGAGGUUGCUAAACGGGAGAGAAGUGAGAUGGGGAAGAUCGAGAUAUGGGUGGAAGAACGCUCUAUGAUUUGA